AUGGUGGACUGGGAUCUUGUGUUCAUAGCAACACUUGCUGAAGAAGAAGAAGAGAAAUCUAAUCAAUCAAGAAGAUUUUGGGUGAACAACUUUUGGAAGCAACGAUAUAUGUCCGGUGAAAUCAACAAUUUAUUCAAUGAUUUGCGUUAUGACGUUCGAAAAUUUUAUGAUUCUUAUAGAAUGAGUUAUGAAAAUUUUGAAAGUCUGGUUCAUUUGCUCCGACCUUACAUGGAGAAAAAACAAUCAAGAUUUCGCUCACCUAUACCUGUUGAAGACAGAUUGUCUGUGUGCUUGAGGUUUCUAAUAACAGGAGUCAGUUUCAAAACUUUAGCAUUCAAUUACCGAAUGGGAUUAAGUACAGUUCGUUGUAUAGUUCAUGAAACCUGCCGUGUAAUCUGGAAUAUUCUUGGCCGUGUCGUUCUGCCAAAACCAACAACAGCACAAUGGAAGAUAAUUGCUAAAGACUUUGAUGAAAUAUGGAAUUUUCUAAAUUGUAUUGGUGCCAUGGAUGGCAAGCACUUCAAGAUACGAGCUCCAAAUAAUAGUGGAAGAAAAGGAAUUUUAAAAGAAGAAGGGCAAAAGCGAGGAAAAAAGCGGAACGGUCAUGUCGAGGACAGGCAAAGAAUAUAUGAUUAA